GGCGAAGCAGUCAAUCCCGACCAGCAUUUUUGGUAGUGGUCGGGUCGUUAGACUUUCAGGAGGCAUGAGUUUCUAAACCAUUCCUACCCCUCCCAAUCCCCCAAAGAUGGCCUCCUUGCGCCCCGGCCCGACCGAGGCCAUCUCCGUCUCCAGUGGAUCUUCGUCCACUCCUCAGUAUACGCCUGUCUCCGACCGCUCCGAGAAUGAUGCUUCUCCCAAUCCAAACCGUCCGGCAGCCGGGUCUCUGAGAGUUCAGACGGCCUUCAGCUCAGAUGGGGAGUCGUUUACUGACGACGGGUUCGAUGAAGGAUAUGAUUCCUACGAUGAUGUGCAGCCCCUUUCGAGUAGUAGAAUUAGCAUGUCAAAGUACACGAAAGAGGAAGAAGAUGGAGUCAUCAAGCAAUUCGAUCGCAAAUUGGUCCCUUUUCUAGCACUUCUUUAUCUACUUUCAUUUCUGGAUCGUUCAAACAUUGGAAAUGCUAAAAUCGCCGGUCUCGCAGACGACCUGCAUCUCUCGUCGUCGCAAUAUGAAUGGCUCCUCACGGCCUUCUACAUCACCUACAUUCUCUUCGAAUGGAUGACACUCAUGUACAAACUCGUCCCACCGCACAUCUACAUCGCUCUCUGCGUCUGCGGCUGGGGCCUUGUCGCAUCUCUGCAGUCGCUCGCUACUUCAUUCGGAGCUCUCGUCUUCCUCCGAGCAGCCCUCGGCAUCACCGAAGCAGCAUUCGGCCCUGGAGUACCCUUCUACCUCUCACUCUUCUACAAGCGCGAAGAGCUCGCCUUCCGAAACGGCCUCUUCAUCUCCGCUGCUCCCCUGGCCUCAUCCUUCGCCAGCAGCCUCGCCUGGAUCAUCGUCCGCGUGAGCGACAACGGCCCAAUUGCCCCCUGGCGCACCCUCUUCCUAGUCGAAGGGUUCCCCAGCAUCGUCGUCGCCGUCUUCGCCUGGAUGCUCAUCCCCGAUACACCAGGGAGCGCCUCAUUCCUGAACCCCCGACAGCGCGCCAUCGCGCAGCUGCGCAUGGACGAGCUCAAACCCAACCACAAACCACACCAGCAGCAAUCGCCGCAGCGCAAAACCUUCAACUGGAGAGAAGUCAAGAAGACACUUACCGAUCCCAAAUCCUAUAUCACAGCCUUCAUGUUCUUCGCCUGCAACGUCGCCUUCAGCUCCAUGCCCGUCUUCCUCCCCACCAUCAUACAAGAGUAAA